AUGGAGCUCUACCUCGCAGUGAUUUUUCCAAGCGCUCUGGCUUUCGAAGGGGAGGUCGCAUUCCGAACAGAAACAAUGCCCAGUAGCAAUGUAGUGGUCUUCAAAGAUAUCCAGGCGCUCACAGAGUUUGCCGCAAUAGCCACAUUUGCGAAUGAUCAAUCGCCCAAUCGUCCACGCAUCAUUCCGCAAGAACGUCUGCUCAGUCGAUUCUACGAGCCUCUCGUCCUGCUAUAUACACUUGGGCGUACGAGGGGAGACCAUGUGCGCGCCGCGACGCCUUCACAGAAGGACAUUGCACAUCUUCCGCUCCUCGAUAUAAGAAGAAUGUUUCUGAAUGACUUGGCAUAUAUGUGCGACUAUGACAAAGGUGGUGAGACUGUGACAGCAAUUGGGUUGCAGUCCACACCGCAAAAGCACAUAUUCUGGGUCGCGUCCAAUACAGGCUCGAAAGCGAAGACCAUUGAGUUUGUUCGCUCAAUCUUAGCACAAAUCAUCCAUAUAUCGGCUGCUUCAAAAGCUUCGCAACCUGCUACGGAGCUGGCAUCGCAGUGUAUUGCUUUUUCGACCCUAAGGAUUAAGAAAUACAGAAAUCUUCUCAAACCCCUUCUUCGAAAAUGCACUUUGUAUCUUGCCAAGAUAGGGCAGGAAGUCGAACCCGGCCUCCUCGAAUGGCUGCAGAGUUGGGAGUAUCCGAGUAGUCUUUUAGACCUGUGCUGCUCUGCACAUGCAAGCCGUAAAUCGAACUUCAUGCGUGCCCUCGCUCGACUUAGUGCAGAGCCCACUUAUGGAAGCAACAGAGACGCGAUACAUGUGGCUUUCGGCAUGAUUCGACAUUACAUUGGGCGGUUAGGUUACCAUUUUCGAGCGGCUGAUACAUUAGUGGCAUGUGCACCUAGACUCUUUUACCUACUUCACGAUUUUGAAGUCUGCAGCGUUCCUAUCCCAGUCAAAUCCGCGAUUCCUCCGCCAGACGAGAUGACCACACUUGAUAAGAUACUCGUCCGUAUGCUACCCGCCAAUUCUCCCGAGCUACAUCUAUAUCAAGAGGCGCUUGCAUAUAUGGACGACCGAUACCAGCUAUUCAGCCGGUAUAUGGAUAAUUACGUUAGGCCUAACCAGGGCUCUUGUGUUCAUGCUGAGAUUCAAGUGCUGGAACAUUUCUAUAUACAUGGGAUGCAUUUUGCAUGCGAUGACCCAUUCAUCGCAUGCAGCAAGCCUGCAUGUUUCUGCUGCCUUCUCUACUUUCGGCACUAUCCAGGACACGUGGUGGAGCCGGUCUCUCACAAUAAAAUCUACCUAAAUUGGCGGCCGCCUGAUUUUAACGCAACAGCGGGCAUCAUUAGUCCAAACCACCAACGGGACAUUCUGAAUGCUAUGAAUCAAGAGAUUCGAAAAGAAGCAUUGCAUCAACUCCGUGAAAAGACGGCGCCUAGGACUUGGCAUCCAGACUCCCUUACCAACAUCACGUGGUCUGCUCCAAGCGAGCAAAGCGAGCAGGUGGUAAGAGGGAUAGACGAUGCUCCGGGCUUAGCAGCCGACAGAACCGUGUCUUAUCCGAAGUGCUUUAUAGAAAUCAACUACAAAAUCCCCGCCUUUAUGUAA